AUUUCACCUUUCUUAUUUUAUUCUCACCUUAUAUCCUAUAUUCAUUUUUAUAGCUCUAAAUAAUUCAGAUUCGUAUGGCUAAUCAAGAACCGCCAAAAAGGAAAAUACUCUAGCAGAAUUUUGAUUUUAGAAUAACACUCAUCAAAACAUCUGACUAAAAAUUACACCAAAUAUUCGUCCCAUCAUAAUUCUUCGUAAUAUAAAAAAACUACGAGCGCUCAUGUAUUAUUAUUAUUACUACUAGUAAACUCCAAACAUAUUCCAUGUUCACAUGUAUAACUUUCUCUAAACGAAAAAAAAAUCAACUCAUUUGUUGAAAUACAACCACCUAUAUAAAUACCACAAGGAAACACAAAUUUAGCAAAAACACAUUCCAACAUUAAAAAAAAAUUUUAAAAAAAAUGCAACGUUCAUCACUAGUUUUUAACUUAUUACAACGCCAAUUAGUCCAUCAAAGGCAAAGGAUUAGCAAAAACCAAAUGAUUAACAAAGUGAUUAGAUCACAAUUACCAUGUGAUGUUUUCAUUAAUCAUAGAGGUAAUGACACAAAGAGAACAAUAGCUUCAUUAUUAUAUGAUCAUUUGACACGUUUAAGGAUUACUUCAUUUUUAGACAACAAAAACAUGAAGCCAGGUGACAAAUUAUUUGACAAAAUUGAUAGUGCAAUUGAUGAAUGCAAAAUUGGCGUUGCUGUAUUUUCACCACGUUAUUGUGAUUCAUAUUUUUGUUUACAUGAACUGGCUUUAUUUGUUGAAUCAAAAAAGAAAUUGAUUCCUAUUUUUUGCGAUGUGAAACCCUCUGAGCUUCGUGUUAGUAAGAGUAAUAAUAUUCAACUCGAAUCGAAACAAAUCGAAAGGUUUAAUUUUGCACUUGAAGAGGCUAAACACACCGUUGGACUUGAUUUCGACACUAAUAAAGGGAACUGGUCUGAUGUGGUGACAAAAGCAACUGAUGUUGUCAUUGAAAGCUUGAUUGAAAUUGAAGAAGCUCAGAUAAUCAAAAAUCCCAAGAAAUUAAUUAUACCAUAA